UAGGAUAGAAAAAGAACAAAAAUAAUGGACAAGGGAAACUGCUCCUCAUUACCUGAAUUUCUCCUCUUGGGAAUUACAACUAACCCUGACAUGAAAGUGGUAAUAUUUACUACGUUUCUAACGGUUUAUCUUGUUAUUCUUCUGACCAAUAUUGGAAUGAUCAUUUUGAUCAGAAUGGAUUCCCAGCUCCAAACACCAAUGUACUUUUUUCUCAGCCACCUCUCUUUCUCUGAUCUCUGCUAUUCUUCCGCAGUCGGGCCCAAGAUGUUGAUGGACAUUUUUGCCAAGAACAAAAUCAUUCCUUUUGUUGGUUGUGCCUUGCAAUUCUUUUUUGUCUGUAUCUUUAUAGAUGUUGAGUGUGUGUUGCUGGCAGUGAUGGCCUUUGAUCGCUACAAGGCCAUCAGCAAUCCCUUGAUGUAUGCUGUAGAGAUGUCUAGUAGGGUUUGCUACCAAUUCCUAUUUGGAGUUUACCUUGUAGGAAUGACAGAUGCUUUGAUACAUACAACAUUAACAUUUCGCUUAUGUUUUUGUGGAUCAAAUGAGAUUAAUCAUUUCUUCUGUGAUAUACCUCCUAUCCUAUUAAUAUCUUGCUCUGAUACACAGAUCAAUGAAUUAGUGAUAUUCACCAUUUUUGGAUUUAUUGAGCUGAGUACCAUCUCAGGAGUCCUUGUCUCCUACUGUUAUAUCAUCUUAUCUGUCUUGAAGAUCCGUUCUGCUGAGGGAAGGUUCAAGGCUUUUUCCACCUGCACCUCUCACCUGACUGCCGUUGCAAUUUUUCAGGGAACACUACUCUUUACAUAUUUCCAGCCAAGUUCUUCUUAUUCUCUAGAUCAAGACAAAUUGACUUCUCUGUUUUACACUCUGGUGAUUCCCAUGCUGAACCCUCUGAUUUACAGCCUGAGAAACAAGGAUGUGAAUGAGGCCUUGCAAAAACUGAGAAACAAAAGGUGUUUAAAAUAA